GGGAGCCUGGGCAGGGACCGGGCGAUGCUGCGUGGCGGGGCCACUCGGCCCGGAGCGGUCGGGGGAGCAGAAGCGGCAGAGCCCUAGGGGCGGGCCCGGCUGAGGCACUGGACGGGGCUCCGGGCUCAGCGCCCCGCCUCAGGCAGCCGCGGGAGCCCGGCUCCUUGGGCAAAGGUUUCCCAGCUGGGACCCGGAUAACCCUGUCCCGCCCCGCCGCACUUAGCGCACGUCAGCCCGCCGCUGGUGCCGCUGCUCGGGCGGCCGCGCUUCAGAGGCGCCUGUCCCGGGGCUGAGCGCGGCGUGUAGCCGUUACCUCUCCCUCAGCGGCAGCCGCCGCGGCGUGGGCCCAGCCCUGCUCGCUGGCUUAAACAAUACUUCGGCGCUGUGUCCCCUCCCUCCCCCGCGUUAGUGAUGCUUAAAGUUGAGUUCAUUAAUUGGAAAUGUUUCUGAUUUCCUCUUAAUGAUGCUGUGGUACAUACAGUGAGCGCUAUUUAAUCUAUUCUUUGGGGUAUUAAAACAGUGAUCUUUUUAUAUGUUCUCUGGAUGUCAUUCACUGCAUAUUAGUGAACCAAGAUGGGUGAAAAAAGAAUGGAAAUCCUUCCAGACGCAGCUUCUCUGGCAACAAAGCUGAAAAAUACUCUAAUCCAGUACCACAGCAUUGAAGAUGGUGAAUGGCGAAUUGCUAAGAAAAUGAAAGAUGCAACUGUGUGGCGGAAGCCAUCAGAAGAAUUCAGUGGAUACCUCUACAAAGCUCAAGGAGUUAUAGAAGACAUUACCAACAGAGUAGUAGAUCACAUUCGUCCUGGACCUUCUAGACUAGAUUGGGACAACUUAAUGACUACAAUGGACAUUGUUGAAAAGUUUGAAGAGAAUUGCUGUGUAAUGCGCUACACCACUGCUGGCCAGCUGUGGAACAUCAUUUCCCCAAGAGAGUUUGUUGACUUCUCUUACACUACUCAGUAUGAAGAGGGGCUUCUAACAUGUGGUAUAAGUCUAGACUAUGGAGAGGUGAGACCUAAUUUUGUCCGUGGAUUUAAUCACCCCUGUGGCUGGUUCUGUGUCCCUCUUAAGGAUCGUCCUGACCAAAGUCUUUUGACGGGCUUCAUCCAGACUGAACUGCGAGGGAUGCUUCCUCAGUCUGCAGUAGAUACUGCCAUGGCUAGUACCCUGGCAAACUUUUACUCUGACCUCAGAAAGACACUGAAAACAAUCAGCUAUUGACCUAGAUCUCCAUACAUGUCUUGCAAUCAUCUGUUCCUCCUUCCUGUAUUGUAUCAAAGCUUUGAUUAGGUUAGCAGGUGCUGCCUAGGGGGUAUGCAUACAUCCCUGGCUCAACAUGUGGGUUUGUGCUCCUUGCUGAGCUCUGAAAAUGUACAGUGUAAAGACUGAACAUACAAAGUCAUCUGCUUCCAAGGAAGAUAGCUCAGAAUUGGGGCUCAACUCUGGUAAAUACUGAGUGACCUAAACUCUCACUGAAACAAGGGGAGUGGAUGGGUACUCAUCAUUUUGCAAGUUCAGACCACCUGUGCUGCCAACAUCUCAUUGAAAAUAGAAUUUUACAGUGUAUGCUUUUUUAUUUUUAAGGUGCUCCUUUAAAAGAUUAAGAAAGAUAUAAUCUGUAUGUGGAAGUUUCUACUUUUUAUACAUUUUAGUUAAAUCCAAAAUGACAUUUUAAACAGUCUUUAUUAAGGCUUAGAGUGGAAUUCCCCAAAGGGAUAUUAAAUUAGGUAUCACUUAAAAAUUGAGCUCUUAUUUGAGAUCUAAAGAGUCACAUUAGCAAAUUCCUAUGUUGUUGGCAUUUCCUAAAUAUUAGUCUUAUCUAUGACUAAAAGACUUCUUAAAUACAGUAGUUAUGUCAAGAUUCUAAAUAUUUAGUAGGAAUGCAUUUAUAGCUGCUCAGAGCCUAUUGAUGUCAACAGGGGUCUUUCCAUGGUUUUCAUUCGUGAUGGAUCAGGCCCAUGUUAAUCAAAGCACAAAACGCCAAGACAUCCAUCCAUUAUUCCUUUGUGCAAUCUAGCUUUUAAAAGCAGAAAUGUAUUUAUGUAUCUAAACCUGCAUCUACUGUAGAUUGGGGUUUUUGGUUACUGUUGGAAACCCUAACCCAUUUUUCCCCACAGUUCAAUUAAAACAAAAAUCACUCAGUAACAUUUUUAAUUCUCUCCUCUACCCUCUAUUUUUCUUUUGGAUUAUAUCCUGAAAUUUGUUGAGGUUAAAUUCUACAUCUGCCUUUAUCAGCUCCUUCCAUAUCCAAUGUGGCAGUUUAUAGCUUUUCCCCAUGUUAAAUGACCGGACAUUCUCUGAAUUGAAAAUUGGAGUAACUAACCACACUAAAAUGCUCUGCAAACAUGAAUAUUUUGGGUUUUGGUUUUUUUAAAUGUAAAUCUCAAGAACUUGGGUAACCAACAAGCAGAAACCCGAACUCUAGUCUCGGCCUAGUCCUCAUAUGGCUUUGAAUAAGUUUUUAGACAGAGGAGGUAGAUGCCUUAGGCUCUUCUGACAAUUCCAUUGGAUACCUAGCUACAUCUUUAGGUACCUAAAUGUCUUAGUUUGGCCCUGAGCAUUUUCUGUGCAUCUUUCGCUUUAGGGAAAACUACGUAGUUACCCAUGCAACACUGCAAGUGCUUAAAGGGUAUGUAGUUUGUUUGAUUAGGGUUUACUUUAGUUGUGUGGUGGAUGCAGUGAAUAUAUUUUAAUUUUUUUAUAAUUUUCAGUGACAGAAGUAUAGCAAGUAGCAUACCACAAGUGAUGGAGAACUACAGGAAGCUUAAUUAUCAUAUAUACAGCAAGCUUAAAGGGAUGUGCAGAUAAAAGUAGGCAUAAUAUUUAGAUUUGAUUGAAACCAAAGUUCAGAAACCUAUGAUCAACAAAGUUAAUCAAAAACAAAUGUUAAUAGAAACUCAAUUUUCCUCUGCAGCAUUUACAACCCAUUCAGAACAUUGAGCGUUGUCUAAACAAAUAAAUAAGUUAUUUGGGGAAAAAAGGAUUAAACAGUGAAAACAGAUUUUAAAAAAUCCUCACUUUGAGGUGUUUAGUGGAGAUAAAAAAAAAAAAAAACACGCACAUAAUUGGAACCAAGUUAAGUCAUCUUCUGUGCCUAUCCAGCCAGAGGAGGCAGACAGUGUCAGAUCCUCAUUGGGUUUGUGUGGGUGGGUUCAGCCUGUGAUUCCCCACUUGUAUACUCUUCUCCUCUAGAUCCCAGAGUUAGGCCCUUCUUUUGGCUGGGGAAAUAUAAUUUGUGAUAAGACUAGCUUGACCAAGAGAAAGUGGAGCUGGCAGGGGACAUCCCCUUCCCAAACCUGCAGGGAUUCCUAGCCUUCAUUAAUACCAUGAGUCAGUAUUAACUCAGGCAUUCUUCCUUUCUUGGACCUGGACCCUCCCAUUCCUAGAGGGAGGUGAUCCAAGGGCAGAGGCCAGUGUGGAAGACCCUAGCAGCACAGCUCCAUUGGAACAGCAUGGUUAAGGAUUUAGAGGAAGUUCUGUGAGAGAGCUCACAGAUUCUUCCCAAAUAUAGGAAAAUCUGGGUAAUUAUAUUUAACCUCCAUGUCCUUUUCAGAGCUGAUGCAUCUAGGUCAUUCAAAAUAUUUUUAAUAUAAAAAUUGUCAGUUUUCGGUCUUUGCCAUUCCUUACCUCUCCCUGAAGAGUGCACUCUAAACAUCUCAUUUACGAAGGCACUUCAGUGGUGCAGAACAAUUCAAAAGGAGCACCAGAAACCCUUUUGUAGGAAGGUGUGUUAUUUAUGACACUAGGCACUUUACAGACAAGACUACAAGGUUCCUGAUCUAACUCCCUUUGUAGUCACGGGAUGUCUUUGUAGAAACUUCAGGGGAAUUGUUCUGGGCACUCAAGGAAGAUAUGCUUACUCUUGAGCACCAGCCUAUUUUGUUAAUGUAAUUUUUUUCAAAUGGAAGGAAAAAUUGAUAGUAUUUUAGGAGUAAUGUUUAAUUACCAUAUUCUCUUUACUUUCCAUUCUACUUCCAUUUCUUUAUAGAAGUUGCCUUACCCUAGUGAGGUAACUUUUCCCAGUGACACUACUGGGGAUCUAAAAAGCUCAGUUCAUAUCUCCUGUUAAGGUCCAUAGGAAUUAUGUGUUUACCAAGGAAACUAGACUACAAAGCAUGUGCACUUUAUUGCUAGAGGUUUUCACAGUCAUUUCUGGAAUUAUAUAACAUCUGUUAGCCCUGGUUUUGUUGUGCAGUGCACAGACCAUGAUUUCAUGGAGUGAUUAUAGAUUAAGAUGCUAAACUGCAGCUCUCUCCAAUCUGCUCUCCACUCUCUCUUUCUAAAUAAAGAAUCUGCCCACGCUCCAAAGUCAGUAUGAAUGUAUAGUCUGUCCUUAUUACAUUCUUGGCACAAAGACCAGCAAUUAACAGCACCCACUUCUGUGGUGAUUUGGCUGUAGGUACAGCAGGCUUCUUGUAAAAACUGAUUUCGUUGCAGAGUAACGUGGCAAGCUAAUGUGGUUAGAAUCAUUCAGAGGCUGAGAGGGCCUACCAGGCUGCACUUUAUCUAUGUUUAAGGCACGCAAACUAGUUUUGCACUUUUCAGCACCUGCAUGCUAUUGCUAAUAUCCAACAAGCCAGGCCAUGUUUAAGGUAACAGCAAAGCAAAAACUCUGUAGCAGAGAUCAGGGCCGGAUAUUUAUUUUGACAUAAGGAAAACAUUUUACAAGAACUAAGGAAUUAUUAUAUUGGAUGGGGAAUGAUAGGCUAAAUUUGAAAAUUGCCUCAGGCCCCCACUUUGCAACUGUAUCAUCAAAUCUGUGCCUGUAAUUAUCAGUGUUGCAAUUUUGUGAAUACAAUUUAGACUAAUUUGAGUUAGCAGGAGUUCAGGUUGCUCAGCACCACCCACUACUGGGCUCUCCGCUGGUCAUCCUGCGCAGUUUGACAAAGGACAUUUAGAGCCUGCUCCAGAAUAGCACUUUCUCAGGGCCUGUGUUCCAUUACUUGCAAAGUUAGAGUUCGUUUGGCAGUGAACACUUGCAAAGAAAAGUAUCGUCCUUACAAAAAGAGUUAUAAAAAUCUUUUACUGCUGUGAACUAGUAGUUCUAAAUACAUUGCUGGCACAAGUGGGCACAAUUCUAUUGAAACCAGUUAAGUUGCUUCUAUUUUCAUUAGGGUUGAAUAUAGUCCAUGAGAGUGUUGGAGUUAUCUUUAAUGGACAAAAGCUUAUAAUGUAUCAUAAGAUUGUAUUUAUAUUUUGAAUAUGGUUGUGAUGUAAAUUAAAAUGAACACAGACUCUA